AUGUCGCGAGGACGUUACGAAGCCUUGGACUCGGAUGCAGAGCGCCUGCCGUCAGGCCUGGAGCGAGUAGGCUACGACGCCGACACUCAGACCUAUAGCUAUCGCGACGGAGAUGGCAACUAUUGGGAGGGCGAAGAAGGCAACCGCUACGGCAACAUUCAUCCUGCAGGCCAGCGACCUCCUCCGUCGACACCAAUUUCCCCAAAAGCGCGCUACGAUGACUGGCGGUACCUUGCGCCGUGGUUUGUCCUCGUCGUCGUAGUACUGCUGGUGCUCUGGCGCUUUGUGACUUCGACACCGGCGCCGUUGAGCUGUGCUGAGGGCUUGGAGAAUUAUGUAGUGGCGAAGGGCGAUACUUGCUGGAAUAUAGCAGACGAUCGGGGCUGGACUGUCGAUGGGCUGAAGGAGGUCAAUGAUGGCUUGAACUGUGACAAACUGAUGCCUGGGGACCAGCUCUGUGUGCACGUUGCAUAG